UUUUCUUUUACUUUCUAAAUAAAAAAAAGAGCAAGAGAAUGUCCUUGGCUCCUGUUAAUAUUUUCCAAGAUCAAGCUACUGAAGAAAGAGCUGAAAAUGCGCGUUUGUCAUCUUUCAUCGGUGCUAUUGCAGUAGGUGAUUUAGUCAAGAGUACUCUUGGUCCUAAAGGCAUGGACAAGAUUCUUCAAUCUGCUACAAAUGGUGAAAUUCUCGUGACGAAUGAUGGUGCUACUAUCUUGAAAUCAAUUGCUCUCGACAAUGCAGCUGCUAAAGUACUUGUAAAUAUUUCCAAAGUUCAAGAUGAUGAAGUAGGUGAUGGCACAACAUCUGUCUGUGUUUUGGCAGCUGAGCUUUUACGUCAAGCAGAAUUCUUGGUGAAUCAACAUAUUCAUCCACAAACAAUUAUUGAAGGCUAUAGACUUGCUUCUGCUGCUGCUUAUAAGGCCUUGGAGGCAAGCGCAUUGGAUAACAGCAAAAACAAAGAUUUAUUCCGUCAAGAUUUAAUUAAUAUUGCCAAAACAACACUUAGCUCCAAAGUUUUAUCUCAAGACAAGGAGUAUUUUGCCGAAUUGGCUGUUGACGCUGUCUUACGUCUGAAAGGAUCCACCAAUUUGGAAAAUAUUCAGAUUAUUAAGAAGCCAGGAGGAAAGUUAAGUGACUCUUAUCUGGAUGAAGGUUUCAUUCUCGAUAAAUCCAUUGGCGUCAACUGUCCUAAGCGAAUUGAAAAUGCAAAGAUCCUUAUUGCUAAUACAUCCAUGGAUACCGAUAAAAUCAAAAUUUUCGGCGCUCGUGUCAAGGUCGAUGCCACAGGUAAAUUAGCCGAAUUAGAGCGUGCAGAACGUGACAAGAUGAAGGAAAAGGUUGAAAAAAUCAAAGCUCACGGCAUCAACUGCUUUGUGAACCGUCAAUUGAUCUAUAACUGGCCCGAACAGCUUUUGGCUGAUGCAGGCAUUGCUAGCAUUGAACACGCCGACUUUGAAGGUGUCGAAAGAUUAGCCUUGGUCACUGGUGGUGAAAUUGCCUCUACCUUUGAUCACCCAGAAUUAGUCAAGCUUGGACACUGUGAUUUGAUUGAAGAAGUUAUUAUUGGUGAAGACAAAUUGAUCAAGUUCUCUGGUGUAGCUGCUGGUGAAGCAUGUACUGUCGUCUUGCGUGGUGCUACUCAACAGCUGUUGGAUGAAGCAGAAAGAUCUCUUCAUGAUGCUCUCUGUGUCUUGUCACAAACAGUAAAGGAACCAAGAACCGUCUUGGGUGGUGGUUGUGCUGAAAUGCUCAUGUCUAAGGCUGCUGAUGAAGUUGCUGCAAAGACAGCUGGUAAGCGUGCCAUCGCUGCUGAAUCUUUCGCAAAGGCUUUACGUCAAAUGCCCACUAUUUUGGCAGACAAUGCCGGUUUUGAUUCUUCCGAGCUGGUUUCCCAAUUAAGAGCUGCUCAUUACGAUGGCAAGAACACAUAUGGUUUGGACAUGGUCCGUGGUGAUGUGGCUGAUGUUAGAGAGUUGGGUAUUACCGAAUCAUUCAAGCUCAAGAAACAAGUGCUUUUAUCUGCCUCUGAGGCAGCUGAAAUGAUCUUGCGUGUAGAUAAUAUUAUCCGUUCUGCUCCUCGUCAACGAACUGCAUAAAUAAAAUAAAAUAGUCUAAACAUGUUUGUUUGUAAAUGUAGCAAUGAUUUAUUCUCUAAAUAGACAGAAAUAAACAUUGUAUAUAUAUAUGUAUAUCUAAG